AUGGAUGCGGAGUGGGAGAAACUUCGGAAGAAAACAUGUUGGCUCGAAGAAAAGGUUCGCGAGUAUGAUGACGUUGCCGAUGAGGCACGCAAAAACAACGCAAAGGUCCACUUUGGACGGAUCUUUGAAAUCUGCUCGCAGAAAGGUUCAGAAUUGCCUGAUGGGGAUCCCAACAAGAAGUGGAAGGGUAGAAGUGUUUUUCAGGGAAACCGUGUACAUGAUGAACGUCAUGACCAUGCCCUGUUCGCCGAGUUAGGUUCUUCCCCAGCCUCAAUGGAAUCAGGUAAAAUCCUUGACGCGUACGGCUCGCAACCAGGCUUCUCGAAGCAGCAGGCGGACGCUAGACAAGCGUAUACCCAAGCACUUUUCGAAGGUAUAACUACAUGGGUUCGUUUGGCUAAGAAUCGUUGGCCUAGUUCCUGGAAAGGCUACCGAGACCCCGUAUGCCCGCUUCGAUUAGCUCUCUAUGGACAUCCCGAUGCCGGCGGCAUUUGGGAAAAGCAUUGCGAGACCCAGCUUAAGUCCGUAGGAUGGAUUCCAAUCUUGCCUGAAAUAUGGCAAAGCGUCUUCUACCAUCCCGAGCUUGAGCUAAUGCUAGUUGUGUAUGUUGACGACUUUAAGAUGGCAGGUCCCACCAAAAACAUGGCCCAAGGUUGGAAGGACAUCAACAGCGUCAUUGAUAUGGAUCCUCGCGAAGCCCUUGGUCGGUACUUUGGUUGUAACCACGUAGAACAGCAACAAGUCUCCUGUCCCAAAUCCGAUCACCCUUUUGCCCGUGUCUUUGAGGGAAAACCCGCAGCAAUUGCGAGGGGAAACCCAUCGCCGGUCAGGAGGGAGGAUUUCUGGGAAGUAGACUUAGAGGCUGGUGCAGUGGUUAGACAUCAUGUGUACCCGACAAAGAAGCUAUACGUUCCAACUGAAGACGACGUAUUAGCUUUUCCCAUGAUGGGGACCAGUCGUGUCACCGAGUUUGAUUCGAAAGAAGAGUUACAUGUUGACGACUUUAACCAGGGGGGUGAAGCUAAGUUUGACUGGUGGACCGGCAGAACCUAUUUCCCACUUGAUCGUGAAACCCCAGUGGAAGACUUCACUUAUGCUCUUGCAUCCUACAAGAAAAAGCAUGCUGCCACGCCUUUUCAUGAGGCGCGUAUCGCCAAGCCGGUGGAUCCAGACAAGGAGCCAACCGGUAAGCUUGCGGGUAUUGCAUCACGCAUCCUCAUGAAGGUGCUCUUUGCAGCACGCAUGGCCUGCUGGGAUCUUCUCCGUGCUAC